AUGGCCAACGAACACAGAAAACUCUUCCCAGAUGAAACAACAACCACAAACCAAACCCAAACACAGGAUUGCUAUGGCUUAUGUGACCCUGCAUGCCCUUACAACUGCUACUCUAACCAAGACUACUUCUUCUCUCCACCGCCACCAUCUAUUUCACACUCGACACAAGUUAACCACAUAUCCUCCUACUUGAUCAUCCUCGUGACACUCUUCACGGUCAUUUUUGUUGUCAUUUCUUUCUACGUGAUCAAAGUGAAGUGCUAUGCUGCAUGGUGCGGGUGGAGGGUCAACGGAUCAGUUCCCUCUCAAUCAGACACCACCACUGAGGAGUUUCUCAAUGAGAACCAAGUUGACCACCCCGUGUGGCUCAUUGCCACGGUGGGGUUGCAACAAUCCGUCAUAAACUCCAUCACGGUGUGCAAGUACAAAAAGAACGAAGGGUUGAUUGAAGGAACCGAGUGUUCGGUGUGUUUGAACGAGUUCCAAGAGGAAGAGGCCUUGAGACUCUUGCCAAAGUGCAACCAUGCUUUUCACAUCCCUUGCAUUGACACUUGGUUGAGAUCACACACCAAUUGUCCUCUUUGUCGCGCCGGUAUUGUCUCUAACAGUGUCACUUCUGAAGCACCCGUGUCGAAUUUGGAGCAAGAGAAUGCAAAUUUGAGAAGAAAUCAAGAGACCCUUACGGAGAAUUCAAGGACCGAAGGUUUGUUAAGCAGCAACAUGGUUGCAGGGGAAUCGAGUGAAGCACUAGAGUUGGUUGAUGAAUCAAAUUCCAAGGAUCCGGUGAAUGAUCGAACUCAGAACCAUCACGUGCUGGAUAUUGAGAUUCAAACAGAAAUGGGAUCUGUUUCAACGACAGAAUCUGAGAGUCAUCAUGUUGGCGAUGAUCAUAAACAUGAUGAAACACACUUGCGCGCUGUUAAUCUACGGAAGCAAGAGAAAGACGGUGAUUACUAUCCAAAAAUGUGUAAAACAAUGCGUCGUUGUUCCUCUAUUGAAGAGUGUUUGCAUCUAAGCCCGGUUUCCAUGAAAAGAUCAUUCUCCUGCAAUGGAAGAUUUCUAACUUCGAGAGGUUGCGUGACAUUAAACUCUAAACUCCAUUCAUCCCUACUAGAAAUUUCAAUCUAUUAG